UGGAGUGCAAACACGAACAGCAAGGAGAUUCUGAAGCCGGAGUUAAAAGUACCAGCGAAAGUGUGCAGAAGAGCAAAUGAACCAAACAGCUUUUGCUUCUAGUCGGCUGCGUUGCUAAAGCAAAUCGCCGCGUUUGGUUUCGACCAGAGUAAGAGGAUAACGAAGUCGGUACUAAACUUCGGAGUUCGAUUAGAAUCGUUUUACUUGCGUGUAUAACUGGAUGCUGAUACAGCCUUUAAGCUUGGGAUUGGUCCGAUCAAGCGGGGUCUCAACUUUCCUUUUCUUUUUUUGUUUUUAAAUCACAGUACAUUUACUUUAUUUUAUGCCUCUCCUGAAGAAAUUUUGAAUAAUCUGCAAAAUCAAGCACAAGGAGUUUUGGUUGCUUUAGAAGGUACCUGGGUUCCGUGGAAGACCCAAUAGAGGGACCAGCAUUCUAAAGGUAAGAGCUACAGUAAUCAAGGGCUAGCUGUACGACCAACUUGGCCAUCCAUUUGAAUUUGUGAAGAACCGAGUCAGGUUCUUCAAACAACAGAACCAACCUCCAAGAGUCCAUUAAAUCAUCAGAAGUCAAUUAGAUAAUUUGUAGUAAAGGAGAGGCACAGAGAAGGAGAGAGAGGGGGAGAGAUUAGCUCAUCACUGGGAGUUUCCCUCCCGCCUGGAUCUUCAGUCAUUCUUCUCAGACCUCAAGCUUCCCGGACCACAACCAUGACCCCGACCUUCGUCUUGUCCACCUGGAUGGCCCUGCUCCUGCUCGGCCCUGCCUCCAGCACCCCGUCCGGACCUGCCUCUGAAACCUGUGUGACCCUGGUCCAGGGUCGCUUCUUUGGCUUCUUCUCCUCGACCACGGCCUUCCCCAGCGCACCCUGUUCCUGGACCCUGCAGAACCCCGACCCCCGGCGCUACACCGUCUUUGUGAAGGUCACCAAGCCCACUGAGUCCUGCCAGCCCCGCCGACUCAAGACCUUCCAGUUCGACUCCUUCCUUGACACGUCCCGCACCUUCUUGGGCAUGGAGAGCUUCGACGAGGUGGUGAAGCUGUGUGACGCAUCUGCGCCCGUUGCCUUCCUGCAGUCCAACAAGCAGUUUCUCCAGAUGCGCAAGAUCCUACCCCAGGAGGAGCCUGCACUCAUUGAGGGGGACGACGAGUUCAAGGCCGAGUACCUCGUAGUGGGAAACCGCAAUCCCAGCAUGCCAGCCUGUCAGAUGCUCUGCCAGUGGCUGGAGGCCUGCCUGGCGACCAGCACCAACUCUAACCCUUGCGGCAUCAUGCACACCCCCUGCCAGUGCUGGGAGACCCCUCAGCGCAAGUCCAACGGCUGCUACAGAGGAGGUGUCUACCUCGAGAAGUGUAACCCUGGCCUGCGGGAGAGUGGCCGCGAUGCUGAGAUCACGGGAGGGUGGAGCGCCUGGGGCCGCUGGUCAGAGUGCAGCAGCGAGUGUGGGGGCGGCACCCAGACCCGGAGCCGCACCUGUCAAUCAAACCUGGAAGAAGGGUUCCUGUGUGAGGGGGUGGUCGAGGAGGGUCGCCCCUGCAACCCCCAACCCUGCAUCGGCAAAGUGCGCUCCAGAAGCCAGUCCCUGCGUGCCGUCGACAGCCGCAAGCGCGAGAACACCGACACGCCCCGCUACGGGAACCUGGCACCCCAUACAGUAGAUGCCUUGACUGACGAGUGGUCCACCUGGAGCGAAUGCUCAGCUACCUGCGGCCAGGCCUGGCAAACUCGCACCCGCUUCUGCACCACCUCCUCCAGCAGUGCUCCCUGCUCCGGGCCCCUGCGUGAGAACCGCCCCUGCAACACCACCGCCUGUCCCAUGCACGGAGUCUGGGACGAGUGGUCGCCAUGGAGCCUGUGCUCGUCCACCUGCGGCCGUGGUUACCGCGAUCGCUCCCGCACCUGCAAGCAGCCACAGUUCGGCGGAAACCCCUGCAGCGGCCCCGAGAAGCAAACCAAGUUCUGCAACAUCGCCGUGUGCCCCGUGGAUGGCGCUUGGACUGACUGGUCACGCUGGAGCUCAUGUUCAAGCACCUGCUCUAACGGCACUAUGCAGCGCACACGCGAAUGCAAUGGCCCGUCUUACGGGGGCGCCGAAUGCCGCGGGGACUGGCUGGACACGCAGAACUGCUUCUUGGCCGACUGCCCAGUGAAUGGCAAGUGGCAGCCUUGGGGCUCGUGGGGCAGCUGCUCCCGGAGCUGCGGCGGGGGAAGCCAGCUGCGACGCCGUUUCUGCAGUGGCCCCUUUUUCGGCGGAGUGCCGUGCCCAGGCAACCGUGAGGAACAGCGAAGGUGCAACGAGAAGAGAUGCCCAGAGCCCCAUGAGAUCUGCGGUGAAGAGACCUUUGCUGAUGUCAUCUGGAAGAAAACCCCCUCAGGCGACACCGCAGCCGUGCACUGCCCCCCAAACGCCUCCGGGCUGAUUCUCCGACGGUGCACCUUCAACGAGGCUGGUGUUGCAUUCUGGGAGAGGCCUACCUACAUCAAGUGCAUUUCCAAUGACUACCGGGACCUCCAGAAGCUGACACGUGACCAGCUCUCAAGGACUCAGAGGGGGAUGCAGGGAGAUGGGAUCUCCGAGGUACUUGCCAAGUUGAAGGCCACUUCUGACGACGGGACCACCUACAGUGGCGACCUGCUUGCCAUCAUCGAGAUCCUGAAGAACAUGACAGAUCUCUUCAAGGGACCCAGCUACAGUCCGAGCGCUGUGGACGUGCAGAACUUCGCCCGUUCAAUUAGCAACUUGUUGAAGGAAGAGAACCGUGAAAAAUGGGAAGAGGCUCAGAUGCUGGUGCCCAACAUCAAGGAGCUCUUCCGCCUGGUUGAAGAUUUCGUUGAAGUCAUUGGCCUGCAGAUGGAGGACUUCCAGGACACUUAUGAAGCGACAGAUAAUCUAGUCCUGAGCAUUCACAAGCGCCCAGCCACUGUCACCUCUGCCAUUAAUUUCCCGGUGAGGGGCUGGAGGGGAAUGAUGGAGUGGGUCAGGAAAUCAGAAGACAAGGUCACCAUUACCCAGAAUGCCGUGUCAACAGCCAUUCCAGAAGCAAUCAACGGCUCCUAUGUGACUGGAAUUGUCCUGUACAGAAACCUGGGCAGUGUCCUUUCCCUGCAGAGGAACACCACUGUGCUCAACUCCAAAGUGGUCUCUGUCACAGUCAGGCCCACCCCAGACUUUCUGCCCUCCCCAAUUGAGAUUGAGUUUGCCCACGCCUACAAUAGCACCACCAACCAGACCUGUAUCUCCUGGGAUGAAAGUGAAAGCUCGUCGCUGCUCGGCUCCUGGUCUGCGCGGAGCUGCAGAGCGGUCCCGCUCGACGCACACCGGACCAAAUGCGUGUGUGAGCGCCUCUCCACCUUCGCCAUCUUAGCGCAGCUCAGCCCAGACAUGAACAUGGACAAGGCAGCGCUGCCCUCGGUGACGAUGAUCGUCGGCUGCGGGGUGUCCACGCUCACGCUCCUGCUGCUCAUCAUCAUCUACGUGUCGGUGUGGAGGUACAUCCGUUCGGAGCGCUCUGUCAUCCUCAUCAACUUCUGCCUCUCCAUUAUCUGCUCCAAUGCCCUCAUCCUGGUAGGACAGACCCAGGCCCGCAGCAAGCUGGGCUGCACUAUGGUGGCUGCACUGCUGCACUUCUUCUUCCUGUCGUCCUUCUGCUGGGUGCUGACGGAGGCAUGGCAGUCGUACAUGGCCGUGACGGGUCGCCUAAGGAACCGUAUCAUCCGCAAGCGCUUCCUCUGCUUGGGCUGGGGUCUUCCAGCUCUCGUGGUCGCCGUGUCAGUGGGCUUCACCAAAGCGAAAGGCUACGGCACCGUUAACUACUGCUGGCUGUCCCUGGAAGGCGGUCUCCUCUACUCGUUCGUGGGUCCCGCUGCUGCCGUCGUCCUGGUGAACAUGAUCAUCGGUAUUCUGGUGUUUAACAAGCUUGUGUCCAAAGACGGCAUCACCGACGUGAAACUGAAGGAACGGGCUGGGGCGUCGCUGUGGAGCUCAUGUGUGGUCUUGCCCCUGCUAGCCCUAACCUGGAUGUCCGCCGUGCUGGCCAUCACCGACCGCCGCUCAGCCCUGUUCCAGAUUCUCUUUGCUGUCUUUGACUCGCUGGAGGGCUUCAUCAUCGUCAUGGUGCACUGCAUCCUUCGCAGAGAGGUUCAGGAAGCAGUUAAGUGUCGUGUGGUUGACCGUAAGGACGACGGAAAUGGAGACGGCAGCGGUUCCCACAAGAAUGGCCACACCCAGCUCAUGUCAAAAGAAAGCGACACUCAGUCCACCACAGGCACCCUAAAACGCCCCAUGCCCCCCUCUGAUGAGAAGUCCGCUCCCCCAUCAAUGUCCGCACCAAAGGGAUCCUUCCACACGCUGCCCGGUAGUGUGGCCAAGGCUCCCCUGCCCUCCGUGCCCGACUACACUAGCCACACGCUCACCCUGAAGAGGGAGAAGAGCCGCGGGGGACCCGGCGGGGAGGCCUCUGGGGGGCACUCUGUCUACGUCUGCGACAGCGAGCUCUUCAAGCAGCUGGACGCCGAGCUGGGCCGCGGCCCCGUGCCGGGAGGGGCCCCCGACGGCAGCAGCUACGUCAUACUGCCCAACAGCACCUCCACGCUGCGGACCAAGCCCAAGGACGACCAGGGCAAAUACAACAUCAGCAUCGAGCAGCUUCCCCAGACGCGCUUCGUGCACCUGAGCAACCCAUUCAGCGAGCCGGCGUCCGGCUUUGGCCUGCCCUCCGACCGCGUCAGCGUCUCCUACUCCGAGCGGGACUCUCCGGUGCAAAACCUGCACAACCUGUCCAGCGAGUCGCAAAUGACGGGCAGCCUGUGUGACGCCGGCGACUCCGUUAACUCCAUGACCAAGAGCGAGACCAUCUCCAGCCUGUCCAUGAGCUCGCUGGAGAGAACAAAGUCCCGCUACGCAGAGCUAGACUUUGAGAAGGUCAUGCACACACGGAAACGCCACCAGGACAUGUUCCAGGACCUUAACAGGAAGAUGCAGCAUGCAGAGAAGGAACGGGAGUCACCACCCUCUGACAGCAAGUCCGUCCAGAGAUGGAGCGUCUCCUCAGGAGGCAGUGACAAGACCAAUCUCAGCGACAAGCCACAGACCCCCAGCGACAGAGCCUGGGAGGGCGUCCCGAAGCCCCACUCGCCCCCCGCCUGGGUCUGCCCAGAGCUAGAGCCGCUGCAGGCAUCUCCACUGGAGCUCCAGACGGUGGAGUGGGAGAAGGCCAGCGCCACCAUUCCGCUGGUGGGUCAGGAGAUCAUCGACCUGCAGACGGAGGUCUGAAGAGCGAGCUCCGCCCUCCCUUCUAGAGUCUUCUCCUCAUUUCACACUGGCUUGAAAGCACAGGCCGGGAAGAAUGGAACCAGACGGAGAGCGGAGUCCCACGUUUUGUGUGGGCGGAACCCGUUUCCAGCUUGGUAUCAUGAACUAUAACCAAACUUCUCUUUAGAAAACGGGGGGAAAAAUGGAAAAUAGGAAUGUUUAGUUGUGCCGGAGUGGGGCUGUGUUCCGUCCCGUUCUGGCUUCGAUCCACAGAGAGAUUUCUCAUGCUCUCUGAUGUGGACUCCGAAGUGCUGGCCAGCGUUCCGGCCGCUCCACCUUCUUCCUUUCCGGCCGCCAUCGUGCGGAGGGGCGGGGCUUCCCCUGGCAACGGGCCGCCCCCCCCGGGAGCUUUCUUUGGUGGUGUCUUCCGAGGACAGCCUGCUGCGGACGCUCUCCUGGGUCCCACCCCCGCCGUGGCUCGCAAUGCCUUCCGGUUCGGAGAUGGACGCCCCCUACUGGCAGUUUUGCUUUUGUCGUGUGGCCUCUAGUGGAACUGCCCAAAGUCCCGUCAGUUACUAGACCCCUAUCGGCCAAGGCUUUUAAACUGACUGUGUAGAACAAGCUUCUGAAAGGGACUGUAAUUCACAGACCUGGACUUAAUAUUAUUGUUAUUGAUACUAAAGUUUGUACUAUUAUUAUUACUGCAAGGAUAAUGACAAAGAUUAUAUUGUUAUUACUAUUAUUAUUAUUACCAUUGUUGUUACAUCUUUCCAUUUCUCUGUUUUUUUUUUUUAAUAUGUAUGAUGUCUGAUAUGUUAAAAAAAAACAAAAAACAUAAACGAAUCCCCAAAAAGGGUGCAGAUGGUUGCAGCUCAUUAUGUCUUUGUCGUAUAUCUGAAAAAAAUUUGUUUAGCUGAGUAGGGGAACUGUGCAUUGUGGGGACAUGCAUGAGCCCCCCCCCCCCUCCCAGCCGCCAGCCCUGUUCAGGGUGGACCUGCUCACGGGUUCCACAUCACCUGUGAUCUCCCUUCAGUGCUCAGCCUGGGGGUGGGAAUGCAGUGUUGCCCUGGAGCUGACUUGGGGGAGUGGGUUGAGGGGUGGGGGGGAUUGGUAAGACUGCAGAGAUGUAUUUUGUAUGACUGUGGCUGUCAGCUGACACACUGCCUUGAGUGCCUCUGAGUCGCUUGGAUACACACCUCCGUCUCACACAAACAUCAGCACGACAGUCAGAUCGACGGCGCUGCGAAGCCGGAUACUUCUCAACUAUGGACAACUUCAUAUCAUUAAAAAAAAAGGGAAUUUCUUUAAUAAAAUGAGUGUUCCUUGUAUUUUACAGAAAAUGUAAUGAUUAUUAUGAAACGAUCUGUGUGAAUAUGGUGUACUCCACAGCAUUAAAACUGUGACUCGCAGUGUGUUCAACUGCAUUAAAAGUGAGUAAUAACAUUCAAACUGUUGUUAUAGCGAAAUGGAAAUUCAAAAGGAUUCAUUUUAGGAAAUAGGCACCUUCAAAGUGCAUUUUAAAUGUGUUUCAUGUUUUUUUAAGUCCCUUGUCCUGUCUGGGUAAUUGAAUAUAAUAUUGUUAUAUUAAUAAUAAACUGUCGUGUGCCAAAAGGUCACCGUCCAUCGCACUCCCCCCGCCAACCAGCCAAAGUCCCCAAAAUUACCCCCCAUAUCUAUUUCCCCACCAUGUUCCCCUCCAGAAGUAUUUGUCUGAAUCAUUUCCAUUCCAGGUUUUUUUUUAUAUACUUUAUUUUCUGUUACUGUAACUUUAUUUUUUUUCCUGAACGCAGACUCUGUAUAAUUUGCAAUAAAAUAUCUAUAUAAUGAA